GUGGCGCGAGCCGCGCUUAAAGGAGCCGCCGCCGGCCCCCAGCUCUCGCCCGUCCCUGGGGUUGCAGUGGCCGUAUGAGCCGCGCGCGCGGGGCGCCGCCGCCGUCGCCGCCCCCAGCCUGCGGCCGGACGACAUCUUCAUCGCGGUCAAGACCACCCGCAAGAACCACGGGCCACGCCUGGGGCUGCUGCUGCGCACCUGGAUCUCGCGCGCCCUCCCGCAGACGUUCAUCUUCACCGACGGGGACGACCCUGAGCUCCAGCGGCAGGCAGGCAGCCGUGUCAUCAACACAAACUGCUCUGCAGUGCGCACCCGCCAGGCACUCUGCUGCAAGAUGUCCGUGGAGUAUGACAAGUUUAUUGAGUCUGGGCGAAAGUGGUUCUGCCAUGUUGAUGAUGACAACUAUGUGAACCCUUCCGUCCUGCUGCACCUGUUGUCCACCUUUUCUCCCAACCAGGAUGUCUACCUGGGGCGACCCAGCCUGGACCACCCCAUAGAGGCCACUGAGAGGGUCCAGGGAGGUGGGACCGCCACCACAGUCAAGUUCUGGUUUGCUACCGGUGGGGCCGGGUUCUGCCUGAGCAGGGGCCUUGCCCUCAAGAUGAGCCCCUGGGCCAGCCUAGGUAGCUUCAUGAGCACAGCUGAGAGGGUACGGCUGCCAGAUGAUUGCACUGUGGGCUACAUUGUAGAAGGGUUGCUGGGGGCCCACCUGCUUCACAGCCCCCUCUUCCACUCCCACCUGGAGAACCUACAGAGGCUGCCAACAGACACUGUGCUUCAGCAGGUGACCCUAAGCUAUGGGGGUCCGGAGAACCCACACAAUGUGGUGAAUGUGGCUGGCUUCAGCCUGCAGCAGGACCCCACACGGUUUAAGUCUGUUCACUGCCUUCUCUACCCAGACACGGACUGGUGUCUCAUGCAGAACCGGGGUGACCUCCCUUCACGGUGACCCACAACCCCAUCUAUCCUGACUUGGCUCGGCCAGCUUCCUCAGGCUGCCACUGUGGGCACCAGACAGGGGGUCUGGCUGACUAGCGUGGCCCUGCAGUGGGCCUGGGGGCUGGGGCUUUCAGCCAGUCUCUGGGUGUGGUGGCCCCAGGGAGGCCCAGAGAGCAGUGUCACUAUUGCCAUGGGUGGAGCUGCCACUCAGCUGUCUCCACCAGAGCAUCUGGGACCCUUACAAGACUGACGCCAGCCUCCCAGUGCUACGUCCUGCCCUCCCCACCUGCAGAGGCAGUGCUUGAGGGCUGGAAGCAGGGGAGUAGGCUCUGGCCCCAGCCAAUGGGAGAGAGGACUCCCUGGGGACUCGUGCCACCCUCAGGGCACAGCUUUCAGGACUGGCCCUACGGUGUGCCCUCAGGCAGAGCUGGCCUUCCUGGGGGCCUCCAGGCCACUCCCCCCCCCCCCCCCCCCGCACUGACUCACAUUGAGGACUUUCUCCUCCCUGUUCCCAUUUUCCCCCAUGGGUCCAUAAGGUGGCCCCUAGGAAGGGGACACAGCCACCUUCCUUCUCUGGGCACUGUGCAGGGCACAGCCUCUUCCUUUGUCCUUCCCACAAUAUUGCAGAACGUGAGUAAAAGCUUCCUUGUCACUCUU